GGUCAAGUCUGAGGUGUCAGGACGUCCCUGGCCUCUCUCGUCCCUCCCACAGGUACGACGCCGGCCGGGACGGCUUCAUUGACCUGAUGGAGCUGAAGCUGAUGAUGGAGAAGCUCGGGGCUCCGCAGACCCACCUGGGCCUGAAAAACAUGAUCAAGGAGGUGGAUGAGGACUUUGACAGCAAGCUCAGCUUCCGGGAGUUCCUCCUGAUUUUCCGCAAGGCAGCGGCUGGGGAGUUACAGGAGGACAGCGGGCUGCACGUGCUCGCCCGCCUUUCCGAGAUCGAUGUCUCCACCGAGGGCGUCAAGGGGGCCAAGAGCUUCUUUGAGGCCAAGGUCCAGGCCAUCAACGUGUCCAGCCGCUUCGAGGAGGAGAUCAAGGCAGAGCAGGAGGAAAGGAAGAAGCAGGCGGAGGAGAUGAAGCAGCGGAAGGCGGCCUUCAAGGAGCUGCACAUUGCAGUGGCCCGAGCCCAGCUCCUGGCCCUAGGGUCCCCCCUGCCCCAGAGGGGAGGGCGCUUCUCUUUCGGCGAAGGGACCCAGGCCCUGGCACCCUGUGCUCACACGGAGACCCCGGCCCUCUGGGGCCCCGCCAGGCAGGGUGAGGGGGCAGCUGUGCCCAUCUACCUCACGGGCCCACACUCUGCCGGCCACACCGUGGAUCGCGGGCAGGGAAGGCUCUGGGGGCAGAAACGCCACCCCCUGGUCUCCCUGGAACAGCCCGAGGGGCCCAGGGGCUCUGGAGAGAGCAGGAUGGGCUGCGGCCAAGCCUGUGCCACCAGCCCGGUCCUGCGCAGCUCCCGGUGUGCUCACUUCCGUGUGUGCGUGUGA